AUGGAGAUUUGUGAAGAUAUGGAAGUAGAAGAAGGGAAAUCAAUCCCCGAUUGCAAUACUUUCAAGCGUUUCGGUCUCAAAAACUCUAUUCAGACGAAUUUCGGCGACGAUUAUGUUUUUCAAAUCGUUCCCAAGGAUGAUUGGACGGCCAUGGCGGUGUCCCUUUCGACAAACGCGGUGAAAUUAUACUCACCGCAUACUGGGCAGUACCUAGGGGAGUUUAAAGGUCAUUCUUCUGUGAUCAAUGAAAUUUCCUUCACUGGUCCAUCGACUCCGCAUGUAUUGUACUCUUCAUCUUCUGAUGGUACUAUCAGAGCUUGGGACACCCGGUCUUUCCAACAGGUCUUGUCUAUAAGCGCAGGUUCUUCACAAGAGGUGUUCAGCUUCUCAUUCGGUGGAGCUGACAACAAUCUUCUCACCGCAGGGUGUAACUCUCAGAUUUUUUUCUGGGAUUGGAGGACAAAGAAGCAGGUUGCCGUGUUGGAGGAAUCUCAUAUGGAUGAUGUUACUCAGGUCCGCUUUAUCCCUGGCCAUCAAAACAAGCUUAUUUCUGCAUCUGUUGAUGGAUUAAUGUGUCUGUUUGAUACCAGUGGAAACAUAAACGACGACGAUCAUUUGGUGUCGGUACUCAAUGUGGGAACUUCAAUUGGAAAAAUUGGAUUCCUUGGUGAGAUAAAUCAAAAACUCUGGUGUUUGACUCAUAUUGAAACCUUAAGUGUUUGGGACUGGAAUGAUGGAAGAAAUGUAGCCAACUUUGAGGACGCACGCACGUUGGCCUCUGAUAGCUGGACAUUGGAUCAUGUCGAUUAUUUUGUCGAUUGUCACUACUCAGAAGAGGAGGAUCAUCUAUGGGCUAUUGGUGGCACAAAUGCCGGCACCUUUGGAUACUUCCCCGUAAAUUACAGAAACGCGAAAGCAAUUGGAUCUCCAGAAGCUGUUUUUGAAGGUGGUCAUGCAGGGGUUGUUAGGAGUGUGGUUCCCGUGUCCAGCAUACCCGGUAGAACCAUGCAUAGCCAGGCCAUAUUCGGUUGGACGGGUGGUGAAGAUGGCCGCUUGUGUUGCUGGUCAUCAGAUGAAUCUACAGAUAUGAACCGUUCAUGGAUAUCAAGCACAUUGAUUUCAAAAUCACUAAAAACCCGAAGUAAAAGUCGGCAUAGUCCUUACUAG